UUCACUGAUGUUCGACUACACAUCGAGAUUUCAAAUGUUGUUCCCUACAACAUUGGCGGCAUGUCGCGUUUAACGUGCUUAUUUAUUAAAAGAUAUACACAGUAUAGUAUACUUCAACUAUCGAAUAAUAAGACAUUACAAUUCGGUUGUUCUACGAAAAAUGGCUGAUCGCUAAAUUUUGUUGUAUGUAUGUGUAUUAAUACGAGGGGAAAAUUGUGUGAAAGGACUAAAUAACCUAACGUAAUAUCGAUUUGUGUAAAACGCGCGUAAAUAUGCCGCGUACCAAAGCAUCACCAAAAAAAUGUGUCAAAACAACUAAUUCACAUCCAGGCACAAAUACAUGGGUUUUUCUAAUGAAAGGUGAUAGUUUAAAUAAUACAGAUGGUGGUGUACCUGAUGUUAUUAAAUUAAGACAUCCAGCUACAAAUCAACCUGCAAUGUUUGUAUUUAGUCCAGGCAAUAUUACAGUACAAGAAGUUCUAACAUUUGAUGAAAAUAAAAGGUCAUGGUUUAUAGAUGAUAAUGUAAAAUCUGAUGGGAAAUUACAUUUAUCUACUCCUAUUGAUCCAAUAUUUUUAAUAUUACCUUAUUUAAGAAAGUCACAACAAGCACAGCCAUUAGAACAAUGUCUUUGGGAUGAAGAUUUUCCAGAAAUGUCUCGUCUUGUUCAAUGUCAAAAUUUAAAACUGACAUUAAUUGCUGAUCGCAAAGGAGAUGAAUCAUUACAAGCUUAUAAAUUUAAUGAAGAAAAAACAUUAAUCUGGUUACAUAAGAAAGUGGAAAGAGUAGUUGAAGUAUUAAAACAAAAGGGUAUUCAUGUAUCACAGGGUGCUAUUAGUGCUACUUAUGUUAAAAGUACUAAGCUUGAAACUGUUUCAGAAAUAGAAUAUUUAAAAUAUGCACAUGGUAUUGUAUCAGAGUAUCUUGCAGAAGAUUUAUCAAAAAAAUUAGCACAACAUUUAAAUCUACCAGAUGAAAUAGAAAAUAAAAAACGAAAAUUAAGUAGUCCUAAAGAUACAGUUGAUGAGAAGAGAUCUAAGAAAGAUACGACUGAAAAUGAAUCAGUAUUAAAACCAAAAACAACUGAGUCAACCAAAUUAGAAAAGCCUCAGAAAACUACAAUUGGUAAAAAGGAACUAGCCAGACAAAAAGCAGCAGCUGGAUCCAAGAGCAUUACUAGCUUCUUUAAGAAAAAGUAA